AUGCCCCAUACACCCGACAGCCCCGAGUCCUCCGAAACAGCACCCACAGAUAGGCAACUCGAAAAGGAUAUCGAGAAACAAAGCGAUGCCGAUGGAGAUAUCGCCGAUGGGAGCGUCCGCUCGCCAGGUGGAACUCCGCAAGAGAAGAAGAAGAAGAAGAAGAAGAAGAAGAAACAAGGCCCGACCGGAGCCAAUGGCGUCAACACCGAGCCACCUUCAGACCAUUCCGAGCUGAAGGAAUGGGAAUGCUACGAUAAACUGGGAUACUCUUUCCCUUGGUGGAAGAAAUGGUAUAUUAUAUCCGUCAUCUUCGCCGUGCAGACAUCCAUGAACUGGAACGCAAGUUUCUACGCCAGUAGUAUCAGUCUCUAUGCGAAACACUUCGGUAUCUCCAAGCAGGCAGCUCGAGUCGGACAGAUGGACUUCCUCAUCGCUUAUGCCUUUGGCUGCGAAUUCUGGGCACCUUUCAGCGAGGAGUUUGGAAGGUGGCCCAUUAUGCAGUUGAGUCUGCUCCUCGUCAAUAUCUGGCAGAUACCAUGUGCGCUGGCUCCGAACUUCGGCACGAUCGUCAUCUGUCGUUUGCUCGGCGGCCUUUCAUCGGCUGGUGGGUCUGUGACUCUUGGUAUGGUGGCUGAUAUGUGGGAGGCAGAGCACCAGCAAUAUGCCGUUGCCUUUAUUGUUCUAUCAUCCGUGGCUGGGUCUGUGAUUGCGCCGAUUGUAGGCGGAUUUGUGGCAACUUUCCUUGACUGGCAUUGGAAUUUUUGGCUACAGUUGAUUCUUGGCGGUUUUGUACAACUCCUGCACUGGACCAUACCCGAGACUCGGUGUAGCCUUCUGGUUACCCGCGAAGCGAGGCGACGAAGGGCGGCUGGGGAUAUGGUUUGGAGUGGAGAUGAGUUGAAAGGCAACAGGCUGACAUUCCGCUGGAUCUUGAUGAUCUGGCUUCGGCCUUUUAUCAUGUUCUGCCGCGAGCCAAUUGUCCUGUGUCUUGCAUUACUGAGUGGAUUUAGUGAUUCUUUGAUCUUCACUUUCCUUCAGUCUUAUACUCCGGUAUAUAAGCAAUGGGGGUUCAAUACUAUUGAGAUUGGACUUGCAUUUAUCCCUAUUCUGGUCGGAUAUUUAAUUGCUUAUUUCUCUUUCAUACCCUGGAUCGCCAAACAUAACAGGGCUCGGGAGCGUGAUCCGGAUGGGUUACAACCGGAAGCUCGACUCUAUUGGCUCUUAUUCGUGGCACCUUUACUAUCGAUUGGGCUGUUUGGCUUCGCCUGGACAAGUCUCGGACCACCACAUGUUCACUGGAUUGCACCGAUGAUAUUUUCCUCCUUAAUUGCAAUUGCCAAUGGGGGUAAUGGCUUCGCGCGAGAUUUCCUCGCCGGCGUAGCAGCAAUGUACUCUGUUCCGAUGUACAGCAACAUGGGCAAAACCAAUACGCUCGAGUGGCCAUCGACAUUUUUGGGAUUCAUGGCUAUCAUCUUCACGAUUCCGAUCUACAUCUUCUACUGGAAAGGACCGACAAUCCGGGAGAAAUCCCCAUUCGCUCAAGUACUUGCAGCAGACAGGAAGAAGGCCGGACGCAAGGUCUCUCAGUGUGGAUCGGGUGACCCGGAUCCUGUACAGCGUUACUUGUCCGGUUCACCUAUGGGCCGAGAUCAACGAACCGAUUGA